AAACGGAUUUCCUGCCAUGCACCGGGUCCUUGUACAAUCCAGCGGAACAAAAUCUCUCUUCGGUCCUCGGGUUAGUGGAGAAUUCACGUCUUUGCCCUCCGCGCACACAUCACUGCCCACCUGCCCCUUCUGCCCGCGCUGCCCGCUCCUCUAUCCCUUCUCUCUCCAGCAUCCUCUUUCUCUCCUCCCUCCCAUGGCCAUGGAGUCGGCCUAGCCAGUUGUGCCCGUUGAGAGCGCUCAUAUACCCUCAGAGACGGACCUCCAGAUCUGUGGUCUGUUGUAGUCUCUCUGCUUCCUCAAAACAAGCCCCUGCAGCCGCGCCCGGAUCGGAUGGACACCGCCAUGCACCCCGCCGGCGGCCUCGCCGACCUGCUUACCGACAACGCCGGCACCGGCACCGGCACCGAGGGCAUUAUUUGUGGCAUGCCAGACUUCAAGAUGGGUGGAAAGAGGGGCGAUGAAUCUGCCCCUACUGAUGCUGGUGAUGAAGAUGGCGAAGAUGAUGACGGGGAUGAGGAUGGUGACUUCGCGGAGGGCGAAGAGGAAAUCUCGGAAGGAGAGGAGUAUGACAACCCCAAGGCCAGUGACGCCAAGAAGAAACAAAUAGGCGAGGGUGAGGAGAAUGGCGAGGAUGAUGAGGAAGAACAAGAGGAGCAGGACGGUGGAGGAGGUGACGACGAUGAUGAUGAUGACGACGAUGAUGACAAUGAGGACGACGACGAUGAUGACGACGAUGUCGCUGCUGAAGACGAUGAGGAUGGAGUAGAAGAGGAGGAUGACGACCAGGACAACGACGAUGAUGAGGAGGACGAUGACGAGGACUCGCUCCAGCCCCCGAAGAAGAAGAAGAAGUGAAGCCCUUCGACGCGGCUGCUUUAGUCACCAUGCAAUGAGAUGUGCCUGUUCUUCACUGUGUUCUGGAAACUUUCCUUAGAGUUAAAAAUGCCCCACACGAUCACAAUGUGUGGGCUUGUAGGAGCGAUUAGAGGGAACUUUGUUGUCACCGUUGCUUUGCUUCUGUGGAGUUGAUCGAACAGAUGUUUCGCUAACAUAAUUGUACCUGAGUGGCGAAAGCCUCAAGAUUUGAAUAUGUCAGUCAACUCUUUUUAUCUC